CGCGCACCUGACCUGACCGCACACUUCUCCCGCACAACCGCACUGUACUGCACUACCUCAGACUCAUUGGAGGGAGGGGGGAGACGACGCAGGUCGGCUGCUCACGGCGGGUCCGGCCGGAGGGGGAGGCGCCGGCGGAAUGCUGCGGGCCGUCGUUUGUCCCUGGAGCAGAAUUCGUGGCGCGUGAUUCCGCGCUUCUUGGCCCUAAUCGGCGGGCGGCGGCGGUUGGUCGAUUCGAGCGGCCGCGGAGGAGGCCGGAGUUUUCUUCCUUCGGGGCCGGGCGUUCGCGCGCGCUGGGUCUUCUUGCUGCGCUGGUCUGCGCUCACGAGCACGCCGAGGCUGGGAUUUUCGCGAGCAGGAGUGAAGCGUUGAUGACCGUCCGAUUAUAAUUCUUCUUCUCCUUGUUCUCUAGCCAUCCUAACAAUGCAACAUCUUUUGCUCAUAGCUUUUCUUUCUGCUUCUCUGUUCCUUCCUUACCCUCCUUGUGCCAAAGGGGCUGAUCUGAACUCUGACAAGCAAGCCCUUCUUGCAUUUGCUUCGUCUCUGCCUCAUGCAAGAAAGAUCAACUGGACCCUCACAACGCAGGUCUGCACAUCUUGGGUUGGGGUUACAUGCACACCAGAUGGGAAGCGUGUGCGUAUGCUGCGACUACCUGCAGUAGGACUAUUUGGUCCUAUGCCCUCGAACAUACUUGGCAAGCUUGAUGCCUUAGAGGUGUUAAGCCUUCGGUCCAAUCGUCUUACUGUUAGCCUACCCCCUGAUGUAGCAUCCAUUCCUUCUCUGCACUCUCUUUACCUUCAGCGCAACAACUUGUCGGGCAUAAUACCUACAUCACUAUCCUCAAAUCUAGCAUACCUCGACCUGUCGUACAAUACAUUUGUUGGAGAAAUCCCAUUGAAAGUGCAAAAUAUGACUGAGCUUACUGGGUUGUCUCUCCAGAACAACUCUCUUUCUGGACCCAUCCCUGAUCUUCACCUUCCCAAACUGAGAUAUUUGAACUUGAGCUAUAAUAACCUCAGUGGGCCCAUUCCGGCUUCUCUGCAGAAGUAUCCAGCCAGUUCUUUCUUGGGGAAUGCUUUUCUAUGUGGGUUUCCCCUGGAACCAUGUCCAGGGACCACACCUUCUCCUUCUCCGAAUGCACCACCUUCCCAGGAAAGUAAUUUGGAAAAGUUUUGGGGAAAGCAUCACAAAAUUAUCAUAAUUGCAAUACUUGCUGGAGGAGCGGCAAUAUUGUUGAUUUUGAUUAUCAUACUCGUGAUAUGCAUCUGCAAGAGAAAGAGAGAUGGAGAGCCUCGCACAGCCUCAUCCUCAUCCAAAGGGAAGGGUGUUGCGGGUGGAAGAGGAGACAAAUCCAAGCCAGAAUACAGCAGUGGUGUUCAAGAAGCAGAGAGGAACAAAUUAGUUUUCUUUGAGGGCUGUUCAUAUAAUUUCGACUUGGAGGAUCUGUUGAGGGCUUCAGCUGAAGUCCUUGGAAAAGGAAGCUACGGCACGACCUACAAAGCUGUUCUUGAGGAUGGCACGACAGUGGUGGUCAAGAGGCUGAAGGAGGUGGUGGCGGGAAAGAAGGAAUUUGAACAGCAAAUGGAGAUAAUUGACAGGCUUGGCCAGCACCAGGGUGUUGUUCCCUUGCGUGCUUUCUAUUACUCCAAGGACGAGAAGCUCUUGGUCUAUGACUAUGUUACACCGGGUAGCCUUUCAGCUGCUUUGCAUGGGAACAAAUCUGCUGGAAGAGCACCACUGGACUGGGAGACGAGAGUGAAGAUAUCGCUCGGCGCCGCACGAGCGAUCGCUCAUCUUCACACCGGAGCAGGCGGCAAGUUCAUCCACGGCAACAUCAAGUCGAACAACAUCAUCCUCUCGCGGGAGCUGAGCGCGUGCGCCUCGGACUUUGGCCUUGCGCAGCUCAUGGCCACCCCUCACUUCCACCCGCGGCUUGUCGGGUACCGCGCGCCGGAGGUCCUGGAGGCCAAGAAGCCGACGCAAAAGUCUGACGUGUACAGCUUCGGCGUGCUGCUCUUGGAGAUGCUUACCGGGAAGGCCCCCCUCCGGUCCCCCGGCCGCGACGACUCCAUCGAGCACCUCCCGAGGUGGGUGCAGUCUGUGGUCCGGGAGGAGUGGACGUCAGAGGUUUUCGACGUCGACCUGCAGAGGCACCCCAACACCGAGGACGAGAUGGUGCAGCUGCUCCAAGUCGCCAUGGCGUGCGUCGCCGUUCAUCCGGACCAGCGGCCGAGGAUGGAGCAGGUCGUCAGGAGGAUCGAGGAGAUCCGGAGCUCCGGCUCCGGGACGACGACGAGGACGUCUCCCGAGGACAAGCCGAGGGAAGAGCACAUCCAGAUCACCUGAGGCGAAAACAAUAGGUCUGAUACUGAUAGCAUCCCGUCUGCCUGCAAACUAAGUUGAUGGCCAUUUUGUUUACUGAUACCAUUCUUUUACUAGCAGUAAGUAAAUUUGCUUCCCGUUAUUGGUUUCAGAUUCUCAGUGGUAGCUCUGCUGAUCGUAUCGUAGGGUGUUGUGGUGUGACUCUUUAGAGUAUGGUUGAUAUUUUUCAUUAGAGAAUGGUUGAUAUUGAUUCACUGAAUGAGCAAUCUGGUAUGUCACUUGCCUGUUA